AUGGCGGCGCCCAUUUCGAUUACGGACAUUGAGUUCCCGUCCCAGAGCCAGAGCCUGUCGCACAUCUUGUCAGACCUUCGAAGAUCAACCCUGUCCAUCACGAACAGGCUAAAGUCCGUUGAAACAGAUUCAAGAUUCGUCCAAGAAGUGGCCGGCCACUAUGGUCUGCCAUUGGUCGCCAACGAGCGUUGUGGAAGCUGGUAUAUUCCAACCCAGCACAAGUCCGGCAGUGCAUAUUUCAAGAGCACCGAUGGCCAUGCAGGGCAGUGGGAUUUCAGCCUCCGCCGGCUAAAUCUACAGGUUUUGGACAUUCUUAAUGAACAUGGGGGAUGUAUCAUCGUGGAUUCGACCAGAAGGGGGAAAUCAAUGCCAGAUGCCCUCUCGAAGACAGCUCCCAUUUGGGCUGCUGUCAUGAACAGAACCCUGUUUCCCGAGGAAAUCGCAUACCGCGAUGUUCAGUUUCCCCCAAACUUUCUUGGUGCGUCUGAAGAAUCGCAAAUCCAAAGCCGGAUUGAUGGUUUUGUAGAUCAGUUCAAGAAUUUGCAGCUUGACCUAUGUAGCCUAAAACAUAGAAUGGGAAAACCCGCACGCAUUGCAUGGGCUACCAGGGAUUACUAUUAUCCCGAUUACUCAGACCGCAAUAAUUUCCAUCUAAUAGUUCUAUGCUCGGCCUCGAGACGCGUGCGAGGCGCUGAGAUGUCGGAAGGUGGGUAUAUCCAAGGAGCCGGAGAUGACAGCGAAGGGUGGGCUUGCGGGCUCACGCCAGACCUCUUUUGGAAGCAUAAAGGCAUUUUGAUGGAUUCAAGAGAGGAAGAUUUACCUGAAAUAAUUCGUGACUUAACUGAGAAACACCGUCAAACACCCUCAUCUGAGGAAACAACCCUUAUCGCGCCUACAGGAAACAUUUUUGUUGGUAAUCGAAAAAUUUUGGACAAAAGAACUCGUGCUGUCGGCCUAAUAAUCGAUUGUCAUGGGGAUCCAACCGUUUCACAGAACACACAAUUCAAUCUUGGAUGCCACACAGGGAAGAUUGGGAGCCGCGAUUUACGAAAAGUUUUGGAUAAAAUUGAGGAAUUUGUUUCCAUUAACCUGAACAAAGACUCGUCUCAAAAUUUAACUAUAGUCUGUGACACUGGGAAAGAUUUAUCUGUUGGUGUAGCUCUUAUGGUACUUUGCCUAUUCUUUGGUGAAAAUGGAGUCUACGCCCGCCAAAAGCGACAGGAACCCAUAACUAAACAAUAUAUCCGCCAACGGCUGGCAUGGAUAGUGUCGUCAAAACAUGAUGUAAACCCAUCACGGUCAACCUUGCAGUCGAUAAAUUGGUAUCUCAUGGAACGGCGAGACUGA